AUUUUAUUCUAGUCCAGUUAUUUUAUUUCAGUCAAAUAAUUUGAGAUUCGACUUCUCCGUUAGUAACAUACACGAUACAACCUUGGAGUACGUGAAAAUUUCAACACGAUCAUACAUAAUCAGUUCCAGAUUUGGUAGGGUUUUGAGUCUGAUCUCAAUUUCAAUACACACAUUUGGAAACUUACCAUGCCAGUGAAGGCAAUAACGCUACCGGAACCUCCGGGGAGUCCAAGAAAAAGUGAAGCGGACAUAUUUGAAACUGGUGCAUACAGUGUGAUCCGCCGAGCAGUUAUCAUCGGAAACGGUGUCGAGGAUUUUGAGAAUCAGAGUAUCGGUUUGGUCCAUGCUUUAGGCAUGUCUGAAAAACAUGUUCUACAUCGAGUUACUAGACCCAGAGGAGGAAUUAAUGAAUGGUUACUUUGGCUUCCAGUUUCUGUUCACAAACAAGUAAUUAAGAUUAUCAGUCAGCUCUCUCUCUAUUCCAAGGUUGUAUCGAAGCGCAGCGAGGAUAAAUUUUUGCCCUUAAAUACAAAAGAUGGCAACAGUGCUGGUUUAUCAUCGAUUUUAGAAGCUGAUGUCAAAAAUAUAGUUACUAUGGCUCAAGAUUCUUCUGGGGAUGGUCCUUUAUUAAUCGUUGCAUGUGGCAGAGAUACCAUUUCAAUUACAAGGUCAAUAAAAGAAUUAGCCUCUGACAAAGUAUUUAUUGUUCAGAUUCAACAACCGAGGUCACGUCUGAAUAGGUUCGACCUGGUGAUUACCCCAGAGCAUGACUAUUACCCUCUGACUCCUAGUGCAGAGAAGAAGGUUCCUAACUUUAUGCAGAAGUGGAUUCCUCCACGUGAACCUCCGGAUAGGAAUGUGGUCCUCACGGUAGGAGCUCUUCAUCAAGUUGAUUCUGCUUCUCUUCGAACUGCAGCUCUUACAUGGCACGAUGAGUUUGUAGCCUUGCCAAAGCCCAUACUGGUGGUUACCCUUGGAGGGCCGACACGCUUCUGUAGUUAUGGGGCAGAUCUUGCUAAACAAUUGGUAGCGUCUCUCCAUAAUGUUCUGUCCAGCUGUGGAAGUGUGAAAAUAUCUUUCUCAAGGAGGACACCUAAAAAGGUUUCUGACUUUGUACUCAAAGAACUUAAAAGUUCUCCAAAAGUUUUUAUAUGGGACAGUGAAGAACCAAGUCUAUACAUGGGCCACCUAGCAUGGGCUGAUGCUUUCAUCGUCACUGCAGAUUCAGUCCGUAUGAUAAGUGAGACUUGCAGCACAGGUAAGCCUGUCUAUGUCGUUGGCGGUGAGAAUUGUUCUUGGAAGCAUGCAGAGUUCCACAAAUUGAUUAGGGAACGAGGCCUGGUUCGUCCAUUGACAGGUCUUGAGGAUAUUUCAAAAAGCUGGAGCUAUCCGCCACUCAAUGAUACUGCAGAAGCAGCCAAUCGCGUGCGUGAGGCACUUGCAGAGCGAGGGUGGAGAUUGCUGACAUAGAAAGAUUUCUAGUCUCACUGUUGUUGUCUUUUAGUUGAGAUAUAAACUUCUCCUCGGAGGCUCGGAGUUUUGUUGGGGUUUUAGAAAGUCAGGCUAGUUCAAAUUGUGUAGGAGUAUUACUGAACAUAUAGAUUCUUUUUCUGUUAUUAUUUGUUUAUAGUUUCUUCUCCUACGAAUUUUGAAAUCUGUAGAAUAAAGGGUUAGAUCUCUCGUUACGCAUGUAUCUGCAGUUUAAGCA